AUGGAGCAGCCCCAGCGCCCCGUGGGGACGACGGAGCGGGCCGGCCGGCCGGGGCCCAGGCGCGCGGGCCUCCCGCCCUGGGGGCUGCUGCCCCCGCUGCUGCUGGCCACCGCGGCGCUGGUGGCGCUGGGCGUCCUGUACGGCAGAGGGAAGCAGCUGCCUUCCUUUACUAGCUGGCUGUGCUUCUCACAGGAAGAGAAGACGGUCGUAAAACGAGACUCCGGAGCUGUCUCAGAGCCAGCGCGGACGGAUGAAGUCUGUACCACACCUGGCUGCGUGACCGCAGCCGCCAGGAUCCUGCAGAACAUGGACCCCACCAAGAAACCGUGCGAGGACUUCUACCAGUACGCCUGCGGGGGCUGGCUCCGGCGCCACGUGAUCCCCGAGACGCACUCGCGCUACAGCGUCUUCGACAUCCUCCGGGACGAGCUGGAGGUCAUCCUCAAAGGGGUGCUGGAGAACUCCACCACCAAGGACAGGCCGGCCGUGGAGAAGGCCAAAACGCUCUACCGCUCCUGCAUGAACGAGAGUGUGAUAGAGAAGCGCGACUCUCAGCCCCUGCUGAACAUCCUGGAGGUGGUGGGCGGCUGGCCGGUGGCCAUGGACAAGUGGAACGAGACCGUAGGCCCCAAGUGGGAGCUGGAGCGGCAGCUGGCCGUGAUGAACUCGCAGUUCAACCGGCGCGUGCUCAUCGACCUCUUCAUCUGGAACGACGACCAGAACUCCAGCCGGCACAUCAUCUACAUAGACCAGCCCACCUUGGGCAUGCCGUCCCGCGAGUACUACUUCAGCGAGGGCAGCAACCAGAAGGUGCGGGAAGCCUACCUUCAGUUCAUGAUGUCCGUGGCCACCAUGCUCCGGAAGGACAUGAACCUCCCCAGGGACAGCCAGCUGGUGCAGCAGGACAUGACGCAAGUGCUGGAGCUGGAGACGCACCUGGCCAAUGCCACGGCGCCCCAGGAGGAGAGGCAUGACGUCACAGCUCUGUACCACAGGAUGGACCUGGAGGAGCUGCAGUACAAGUUCAGCCUGAAGGGCUUCAACUGGACUCUCUUCAUACAAACGGUGCUGUCCUCGGUCAAAAUCGAGCUGCUGCCCAACGAGGAGGUGGUGGUGUACGGCAGCCCCUACCUGCAGAACCUCGAGGACAUCAUCGACAUCUUCUCAGCCCGGACCAUGCAGAACUACCUGGUCUGGCGCCUGGUGCUGGAUCGCAUCAGCAGCCUGAGCCAGCGAUUCAAAGACGCGCGCGUGAACUACCGGAAGGCGCUGUACGGCACCACAGUGGAGGAGGUGCGCUGGCGCGAGUGCGUGAGCUACGUCAACAGCAACAUGGAGAGCGCCGUGGGCUCCCUCUACGUCAAGGAGGCCUUCACGGGGAAGAGCAAGAGCCUGGUCAGAGAGCUCAUCAACAAGGUGCGGGCGGUGUUCGUGGAGACCCUGGACGAGCUGGGCUGGAUGGACGAGACGUCCAAGAAGAUGGCCCAGGAGAAGGCCCUGAACAUCCGAGAGCAGAUCGGCUACCCGGACUACAUCCUGGAGGACACCAACCGGCACCUGGACGACGAGUAUUCCAGCCUGGACUUCUCUGAGGACCUGUACUUUGAGAACUGCCUGCAGAACCUCAAGGCCGGUGCGCAGCGCAGCCUCCGGAAGCUGCGGGAAAAGGUGGACCAGAACCUCUGGAUCAUAGGAGCUGCCGUGGUCAACGCCUUCUACUCCCCAAACAGAAACCAGAUUGUGUUCCCAGCCGGCAUCCUCCAGCCGCCUUUCUUCAGCAAGGAGCAGCCGCAGGCCUUGAACUUUGGGGGCAUCGGGAUGGUGAUCGGGCACGAGAUCACGCACGGCUUCGACGACAACGGCCGGAAUUUCGACAAGAACGGCAACAUGCUGGACUGGUGGAGCAACUUCUCCGCCCAGCACUUCCGGGAGCAGUCGGAGUGCAUGAUCUACCAGUACGGAAACUUCUCCUGGGACCUGGCGGACCAGCAGAACGUCAAUGGCUUCAGCACCCUGGGGGAAAACAUCGCAGACAAUGGCGGUGUGCGGCAGGCGUACAAGGCUUACCUCAAGUGGAUGGCGGAAGGUGGGAAGGACCAGCUGCUACCAGGACUGGAACUGACAUACAACCAGCUUUUCUUCAUCAACUACGCUCAGGUGUGGUGCGGGUCCUACCGGCCCGAGUUCGCCGUCCAGUCCAUCAAGACCGACGUCCACAGUCCCCUGAAGUACAGGGUGCUGGGCUCGCUACAGAACCUGGCUGCCUUCGCGGAAGCGUUCCACUGCGCCCAGGACACCCCCAUGCACCCCAAGGAGCGAUGCCGCAUCUGGUAGCGCAGGUCCAGCCGCACCGUGCGGCCACGCCCACUCACCGCCGAGGCGCCCGCGCCCGGACGGGGCCCCCUCGCCGGGCGGCCACCGCACCCCCCACCCGCCCCCGGAGCCU